GCGCGGCCCCGUCUCGGCGUGCGGCGGCGCGCGCUCCUCCCCUUCCGGCGCCGCGUGCCGCCCGCCCGAGCCCGGAGCGCGCCGCCGCCCUGUGAGGAGAGGCCGCCGCCAUCAUGCCGGUGUACUUCCAGCGGCCCGAGAACGCCCUGAAGCGGGCGAACGAAUUCCUUGAGGUUGGCAAAAAGCAGCCUGCCCUUGAUGUUCUCUAUGAUGUUAUGAAAAGUAAGAAACACCGAACAUGGCAGAAAAUCCACGAGCCGAUUAUGCUGAAGUACCUGGAACUCUGUGUGGAUCUCCGCAAGAGUCACCUGGCAAAGGAAGGGCUGUACCAGUACAAGAACAUUUGCCAGCAGGUGAACAUCAAAUCUUUGGAGGAUGUUGUUCGAGCCUAUUUAAAGUUAGCUGAAGAAAAAACGGAAGCAGCUAAGGAAGAAUCCCAGCAGAUGGUACUGGACAUAGAAGACUUAGAUAACAUUCAAACUCCAGAGAGUGUUCUUUUGAGUGCUGUAAGUGGAGAAGACACUCAGGACCGUACUGACCGACUGCUUUUGACACCAUGGGUUAAAUUUCUGUGGGAAUCGUAUCGGCAAUGUUUGGAUCUUCUCCGAAACAAUUCUAGAGUGGAACGUUUGUACCAUGAUAUUGCACAGCAAGCUUUUAAGUUCUGCCUGCAGUACACGCGUAAAGCGGAGUUCCGUAAGCUCUGCGAUAACCUGAGAAUGCAUCUGGGGCAGAUCCAGCGUCAUCAUAACCAAAGCACAGCAAUCAACCUCAACAACCCUGACAGCCAGUCCAUGCACUUGGAGACCAGGCUUGUGCAGCUCGACAGCGCUAUUAGCAUGGAGCUGUGGCAGGAAGCUUUCAAAGCAGUGGAGGAUAUUCAUGGGCUAUUUGCCUUGUCUAAGAAACCACCCAAACCACAGCUGAUGGCAAAUUACUAUCACAAAGUGUCAACUGUCUUCUGGAAAUCAGGAAAUGCUCUUUUUCAUGCAUCCACGCUUCACCGACUUUAUCACUUAUCGAGAGAAAUGCGAAAGAAUCUCACGCAAGAGGAGAUGCAGAGGAUGUCCACUCGAGUCCUUUUGGCCACUCUGUCAAUUCCUAUAACUCCUGAGAGAACUGAUAUCGCCCGCCUGCUGGAUAUGGAUGGCAUCAUUGUUGAAAAACAGCGGCGGCUGGCCACCCUGCUAGGUCUUCAGGCCCCGCCGACACGUGGCAGUCUUAUUAAUGAUAUGGUGAGGUUCAACGUAGUCCAGUAUGUUGUUCCUGAAGUGAAGGAACUUUACAAUUGGCUUGAAGUUGACUUUCACCCGCUCAAGUUAUGCAGCCGUGUCAGCAAGGUUCUGAACUGGGUGAAAGACCAAGCUGAAAAGGAACCUGAACUGCAGCUGUAUGUUCCUCACCUGCAGAACAAUACCAUUCUUCGCCUUCUGCAACAGGUGGCCCAGAUUUAUCAAAGCAUUGAAUUUUCUCGUCUGGCUACCCUGGUUCCUUUUGUUGAUGCUUUCCAGCUGGAACGUAGUAUUGUCGAUGCAGCCAGACAUUGUGACUUGCAGGUUCGCCUCGACCAUACUACCCGGACAUUGAGUUUUGGCUCGGAUUUGAAUUACUGUACUAGAGAAGAUGCUCCACUGGGCCCUCAGCUACAAAGCAUGCCUUCUGAGCAAAUUAGAAAUCAAUUGACUGCGAUGUCCUCAGCUCUGGCUAAGGCUCUUGCGGUCAUUAAGCCUCCUCACUUGCUGCAAGAGAAGGAAGAACAGCAUCAGCUGGCAGUCACUGCCUUCUUAAAGAAUUCGAGGAAGGAGCAUCAGCGUAUUCUUGCACGUCGUCAAACUAUAGAGGAAAGAAAAGAGCGUCUUGAAAGUUUAAACAUUCAGCGCGAAAAAGAAGAACUGGAACAGCGUGAAGCAGAAUUACAAAAAGUCCGGAAAGCUGAGGAAGAGAGACUGCGCCAGGAGGCAAAGGAGAGAGAAAAGGAACGUAUCCUGCAAGAACAUGAACAAAUCAAAAAGAAGACUGUUCGGGAGCGCUUGGAGCAGAUUAAGAAGACUGAACUGGGAGCCAAAGCAUUUAAAGAUAUCGAUAUUGAGGAUCUUGAAGAAUUGGAUCCUGACUUCAUUAUGGCUAAACAAGUUGAACAGCUGGAGAAAGAAAAGAAGGAACUCCAGGAACGUCUGAAGAAUCAGGAGAAAAAGAUUGACUAUUUCGAACGGGCAAAGCGCUUAGAAGAAAUUCCUUUAAUAAAGACUGCCUAUGAGGAACAGAGAGUACGUGAUAUGGAGCUGUGGGAGCAACAGGAAGAGGAAAGGAUCACCACUUUGCAGUUGGAGCGUGAGAAAGCCCUUGAGCAUAAGAACAGACUCUCAAGGAUGUUGGAGGAUAGAGAUUUAUUUGAAGCCAGGCUCAAAGCCUCGCGACGAACAGUUUAUGAGGAUAAACUCAAACAGUUCCAGGAAAGGCUAGCAGAAGAGAGGCGUAAUCGUUUGGAGGAACGCAAGAAACAACGUAAAGAAGAAAGACGCAUCACUUACUACAGAGAAAAGGAGGAAGAAGAGCAAAGGUUACGAGAAGAACAACUGCUUAAAGAGCGUGAGGAGAAGGAACGCAUAGAGCGGGAGAAACGUGAGCAGGAACAGCGUGAAUACCAAGAACGUGUCAAAAAACUGGAAGAACUAGAAAAGAAGAAACGUCAAAGAGAAAUGGAGAUAGAAGAAAGAGAGCGUCGUCGAGAAGAAGAACGAAGAGGUCUGGAUGACCCAUUUUCAAGAAAGGAAUCUCGUUGGGGUGAUAGAGGGGAGUCUGAAAGCUCCUGGAGAAGAGGUGGUGAGACGGAAUCCGAAUGGCGACGAGCUCCAGUGGAAAGAGAUUGGCGUCGAGGAGAAGCAAGAGAUGAUGAUAGACCUUUCCGGCGAGGGGACGACCUGCCCCGGCGGGGGGAUGACCUGCCCCGACGAGGGGACGAUCUGCCCCGGCGAGGCGCUGCAGAAGAAAAGGACCGUCCUUCGGUGGAACCGAGCGAGGACAGGCCACCUCGGCGCGAAGGGGAUGAAGAGAGGCCACCUCGGCGCGAGGGGGAUGAGGACAGGCCGCCCAGGCGUGCUCUGGAUGAGGACAGGCCGCCCAGGCGUGCUCUGGAUGAGGACAGGCCGCCCAGGCGUGCUCUGGAUGAUGACAGAGGGAGCUGGCGGGCUGCAGAUGACGACAGGGGUCCCCGGCGCGGAAUGGACGACGACAGGCCUCCCCGGCGUGCUCUGGACGACGACAGGCCACCCAGGCGCGGGCUGGACGACGACAGGCCGCCGCGACGUGCUCUGGAUGAUGACAGGCCGCCCCGGCGUGGCCUGGAUGACGACAGGGGCAGCUGGCGUGCCGCGGACGACGACAGAGGACCCAGGCGCGGGCUGGACGACGACAGGCCGCCCAGGAGGGUGCUGGAUGACGACAGGCCGCCCAGGCGUGGGCUGGACGACGACAGGGGCAGCUGGCGGGCUGCGGACGACGACCGGGGUCCCAGGCGCGGGCUGGAUGAUGACAGAGGUCCCAGGCGCGGGCUGGACGACGACAGGGGGCCGUGGCGCAGCGCGGACGACGACAGGCUCUCCAGGAGAGAUGAUGACCGGGGGCCGUGGCGCAGCAGUGAAGAUUCCAGGCCAGGUCCCUGGAGGCCCUUUGGGAAACCAGGGGGAUGGAGAGAGCGCGAAAAGGCUCGUGAGGACAGCUGGGGGCCUCCCCGAGACUCCAGGCCCCCUGGAGACCGCGAGUGGGACAGAGACAAGGACCGCGAUGAAAACGAGAAGGACCGUGAAUUCGACAGAGAGAGGGAUUUUGAUCGAGACGAUCGUUUCAGGCGUCCCAGGGAUGACGCUGGUUGGAGAAGAGGACCAGCUGAGGAAACCUCUAGCUGGAGGGAUUCAAGUCGUCGUGAAGAAUGGGACAGGGGUGGUCGUGACAUGCGGGAUCGCCGUGCUGAUGACAGAGAUCUACCCCCCAGAAGAGGACCGCCACUCAGAUCUGACCGCGAAGAACCAAGCUCAUGGCGGCGUGCUGAUGAUAGGAGAGAAGAACGUGGAGAAGAACGUGAAGCAGUUCGGCGAUCAGCUCCUGCUCCUGCUGCUCCUCCAGCUGCUGCUCCCCCAGCAGCAUCAAAAGAUCGAGAAAGAGAUGGGGAGAAGGAGAAGGGCUCCUGGAAAACAGAAAAGGAGCGUGAGCCCGUUCGUCGUACUAAAAAUGAGACAGAUGAAGAAGGGUGGACCACUGUACGACGUUAAGUGGAUAUCAAAACAGUUUAACCAAUGUUUUAGCUUUGAUUUGAUUGAAUCCACAGAUUAUAUUUGUGCUUAUAAACAUUCUGAAUUGGAAUUCUUUAACAAAUGUUUUGAGGUAACAUGAAAGCAUGAGCGUGAAUUACUUACUCAUAUAGAUUGAUCAUGCACAAAACUCACAGCAGAAGGUUGGAAAUCGAAUGCCAGUUUUUGAAAUUUCAAGUGAUGCUUAUUUCAUGGAUCAUUUGUUGCUAAAAUAAAAAGAAGCAAGCCCAACAGCUGUCUUGAGUACUGCUUCUAUCUUGCACCAAAACAAGCUGACCUUUUUAUUUUUAGUCUUUCUUAAUUCGGCAUGGGGUAUUAUCGUCACCGAACACGUAUAUGAAAACACCUCUGUUCACACAGUGCAGUUGCUGAAAAAGCAGAGCUAUUUGCCAUAAUUAGGAAAAAAAACAAGGGGGGGAUACAACCCCCCUCUUUUUACAAUAGGGAUCUUUGAGGGCAGGCAGUUUGAGAGUCACAUUUUAUUACCUAAAUUCAGUAUGUUUAAAUUGGAAUUAAAUACAAUAAACAUUAUGAGCAUUAGCUACACUGGGAUGUUUUCUGUAGAUUUACUUGAAUACAUUACAUGACGCCACGUUGCAGUCAUUGUUCCAGUACCGUAUACUGCUGCAGUGUACAACCACAGAACUUAAAGCUUCUACGAUUUAAGUGUUUUGGUAAGCAUAUUGCGAUGUAUUUUCUGUUGCCAAUAGCACAACUGCUUUUCCAUUACUGGAUAACUCAUGCCUUUCAAGGAUUUAUAAAUAUUGUCAUAUUUAAAAUGUGUGAUUUUGGAGAAGUUGUUGAAUUUUUCCCAAAUUCUUUGUCUUCAGGGUAAAUUCUUUCCCUUUUAAAAAAAAAAAGUGAUUUGUAGUAAUGGCUGUGUUGACUUCAAUUUUGGGAUGCAGAUCAACAGUUACUAUCUGGUCAUACUGAAGCCGGCACAGAACUUGCUGCUGUGUGUUUCUUCGAUGAUAAAUAAACAACUUAUGGAAUUA